AAUAACGAGCUCGGAAUCGCCGCUCGGUAUUCAUUCCUCCUGAAUUCCUCGCCGUCGGCGAAAUCUACCAAAGAGGAAGGAGGAGGAGAUUCCAAUCCCCAGAAACACCAAAGAGGGGCGCAUAAAAUUUGUGGGUUUCGCAGAGAUUUCUUGAUUCCGAUGAUUGUGAUCGAUGCGUGUCUCGUUGCAUCCACUGGGUGCGGCUGAUGCUGUGAUUUCUUGCCAGAUAAAUCGCAAAUGUUUCUCACUUAGUUGUCUUCUUAAACUUACUGAAUUGUUCGCUUUUGUCAAAGUAUUCGUUUGCUUUACCUCGAGUUAUCUUUAUUUAGAUGAGGAAAACGGGAAAUUUCUUCCGGAAAGCUUGAUGUAAUCAGGUCGUAGGAUUGGGAGAGGAGGAGAGUGCCAUCAGAAUAAUAGAUCUGAACAGGGAAGUGAAGCUGGGAGUAUGGGGUCUGUCUGUUCUUGCUUGCUUGCAGGAGACACUGAGGAAUAUCGACGUUCCAAUGCUUUAAAUUCCAGAAACUGCAUCUGCCUCGGAUGCUUGGCUCAGCAAUUGAUGAGUGUGUACACUGCACUAUUUCGAAGAGAGGAUAUGCAUGCUGUUCCUUCAUCUUUACAGGAAAGAGUUGCUCUUGCUUCUCCAGCACUAACCAUGGAUGACUCUGUACCUGAUACAUAUCACUCUCCUCCCAGGCCUAUACCAUAUGAUGAUCCUAGAUUUACUCAGCAUGAUGGCCUUAUCUCGAGGAAUGAAAAGUUUUUAAGCCAUUUUCAUCAGGAAUCUGAACCACUUAGAAGUAACACUAAUAGUGAGACAGAAUCAAAGAUGAAAGGCAAGUGUAAGUCAAACUAUGAUGGAGGAUCCAAACUAUGUCAGCCUGAGUCUUCAUUGAAGCACUUCUCUGCCGAAGCCAGAAAAGAAGUAACAUAUAUUUUUCCUUCUUCUGAAGAUGAGGAUGUUUGUCCAACGUGUCUUGAAGAAUAUACUUCUGAAGACCCCAAGAUAACAAUGCAAUGCUCUCAUCAUUUCCAUCUUGGUUGUAUAUAUGAGUGGAUGGAGAGAAGUGAUGCAUGUCCUGUUUGCGGCAAGAUGAUGGUAUUCAAGGAAGCAACAUGAUCAUUCCACAUAUAUCUUUGAUAAAUUUAUUCAUUUGGACAUAUGCAGGGAAUAUGUGUACUUCGUAUUUCAUAGUGUGUAUAUACAUAUAUCAUGAAGUAUAUAUCAAUGCCAUAAGUCUUCCGGUGUCGUUUCACAGGCUUUGAUAUUGGUGAAUAUUUUAGUAUAUACAAUUGAAGUCAACCGUGACUUAUUCGCUCAUAUAGAUUUUUACGGUUCUUCUGUUGCCUCCAUACUGAUGUACACAGCUGCCCAGACAGUUGCUUGGAUGUUUGUACAGAAAAAGAAAUGUUGUUAUUGUCAUUCCUCUUGUAAGAAUUUGUUCUGACGGUAGAAAGUGACUCAUGACCUUGUCAUUCUGAAGAUGCUUGAAGGAUGCCCUCCUGUAGCAAUUUGGUUUCCUGGUGAAAAGUGAAUACAAUAUAUGAUCCUGUUUCCUUGGAGUAGCAA